AUGGAGAAGCCGCCGUCCCCGGCCUUGAUGGUCAUUGAUCCCGCCGCCGCCGAGUCUCAACCCGGCGGUAUCGGCGCCGGGCCCGACGACGACGCCGCCUGGAACGAAGCCCUCAACAAGGAGCUGCAGGAGGGCUUCACCAGCAACGACCGCCGGGACAUGCAGCGCAUGGGCAAGAAGCAGCAGUUUCGCAGAAACUUUCGCCUCCUGUCCACCAUUGGCUUCACCACCUGCGUCAUGGGCACCUGGGAGAUUCUCCUAACCUCCAACACCCAGGGCCUCACCGCCGGCGGCAUGCCCGGCCUCUUCUGGUCCCUCUGCUGGUCCUACACCGGCCAGUUCUUCAUCGUCCUCUCCCUCGCCGAGAUGGCCUCCAUGGCGCCCACCGCCGGCGGCCAGUACCACUGGGUCUCCGAGUUUGCCCCGCGCCGCCACCAGAAGCUGCUCAGCUACCUCUCCGGCAUGCCCUGUUCCUUUCAUAAUCCCUUCCUUGCUCAUCCUCUUACUAACGUCCUUCCCACCUCUGCAGGCUGGCUCUCUGCCGUCUCCUGGCAGUCCAUCGUCGCCCUCGACGCCUUCCUCAUCGGCUCCAUCAUCCAGGGCCUCGUCUCCCUCAACAGCGCCGCCUACGACCCGGCCCGCUGGCAGGGCACCCUCCUCGUCAUGGCCUCCGUCCUCGCCAUCUCCCUCUUCAACGUCUUCGGCGCCAAGCACCUGCCCCUCGCCGAGGGCAUCUUCGUCACCGUCCACGUCUUCGCCUUCUUCCCCGUCGUCGUCACCCUCCUCGUCCUCGCCCCCAAGCAGCCCGCCGCCGCCGUCUUCACCGGCUUCUCCGACAACGGCGCCGGCUGGCCCUCCGUCUCCCUCGCCGUCAUGGUCGGCCAGGUCUCCACCAUGUUCGUCGUCCUCGGCUCCGACUCGGUCGCCCACAUGUCCGAGGAGAUUGAGGACGCGGGGGUGAUCGUGCCCCGCGCAAUGGUCUGGUCGUUUCUGCUCAACGUGCCGUUCACGUUUGGCCUGCUGCUGACGUACCUCUUCUCGAUCGGCGACGUGCAGGCGGCGUUGAGCGACAAGACGGGAUUCCCGUUCAUGUACGUCUUCCGCGAGGCGACGGGCAGCGUGCAGGGCGCCACGGGGCUCACCGUCGUUGUCCUCGUCCUGCUCAUCAUGGUCACCAUCUCCAGCCUGGCCUCCACCUCACGCCAGACCUUUGCCUUUGCUCGCGACAACGGGCUUCCAUUCUCCAAGUGGCUUGGUGCUGUCCAUCCUACCUGGCACGUCCCCGUCAACGCCGUCACCUUCACCUGCAUAUUCAGCAUGGUCCUCUCGCUCAUCAACAUCGGAUCGACCGUCGCCUUCAACGCCAUGCUCUCCCUCUCCACGGUCGCCCUCAUGGCAACCUACGUCAUCUGCCUCGGCUGCGUCGCCCUCAGACGUGUCCAUGGCGAGCCGCUGCCGCACUCCCGCUGGUCUCUCGGCAGAUGGGGGCUGCCCAUCAACAUCACCGCCCUCGUCUACGCCUGCUGGUCGUUCUUCUGGAGCUUCUGGCCCAACAGCUAUCACCUCACCGCGGAAAACUUCAACUGGGCCUGCGUUCUUUUUGUUGGACUCAUGGGCUUGUCUGUAGUCUUGUAUUAUGUGCGUGCUCGUCACAUUUAUCAAGGCCCGGUUGUUCUUAUUCAAAAACAAAGAGAUUGA